AGGAACACAUCUUAGAGAAGUAACAGCAUGAUCAAAUACGAAAUGACUACAGUUGAUCUGGAGGCCUGUGUAGGGGAUGUUUAUCAGCCGACAGUUGUACCCUUACCGGUUAAGUCGUCCAGUAGUUGGAUAUGGAAGACGGUCGCUGUAAUCGUCUUCCUCUGCCUCUCUGCCACAGCUUCAUUAUUCUUUGCCUGGCAUUUGAUGAAACAAGACAAAGGAGAAAUUCAAAACUUCGAGUCUGGCAAGCAAAUCAGCACACCAUCAGAGCAUGGGAAUAUCCUGAAGCAAAUUGCUGAGAGCACAAAGGCAGCCAUUCAUUUACAUGCUAAGCAAGAGUCAGGUUCACUGAAGUGGGUCAGCGGUGUGGAUCAGUCCUUUGUCCAGGGUGGCCUUAAACUGGUAGAAAAUGACAUUCUCAUUCCCGCAGAUGGCCUUUACUUUGUGUACAGCCAAGUGUCAUACUCCGUACACUGCAAAUCGAACAAAGACAACGAGGAAGACGAACUUCACUUAAGCCACAGUAUUUGGCGUUAUUCAGAUGCAAUGGGACCAGAAAAGAUGCCCUUGCAAAACUCAGUCCAAAGCGUCUGCCAAUCAGGACAGAAAGAGAAGACCACGUACAGCACUCUCUAUCUUGGUGCUGUUUUUAAGCUUUUGGAGGGUGAUAAGCUCUCAACCAAAACCAGCAAAGUAACUGACAUUGAUGAAAACUAUGCCAAAACAUUUUUUGGAGUAUUUGCAUUGUGAGGUCAAUCAUAAUUUGCUAUAUGAGUUAGUUGCAUGACCUGUUUUACAAACAGGGAUGCCACGAGUACAAAGACCAGGCGUUUUAUGUUAAAACGUUGAAAGUAUGUUCUCAGGGCAUUUGUUUAAAAGUACUUUGACGACUAAUGAGAGUCCCUAUUGUGAUAUAUAAUACUGUUUUGAGUCUAAAACAAAACAAAUACAAUGUGAGCCAUGCACUGAGUACUAUGCACCCAGUCAUGAGCAGUAUACCAAGGGCACUACACCUCUCAUAUUUAUUUUAAGCUAAUAUGAUAGUUAUAAUCUUACAUAUUUCAUUGUAGAAAUAUUAAGGAAUGUGAAUGUUUGAAAGAAAAAUGUUUUUUCAGUAUGUUAAAUUAUUUAAAACUUUUUGCAUAUUUAAUGUUUUUAAUUGUAUUAUUUAACUAUUUAUUAAUGAGUAUGUAUGCUAUAUUUUCUUGAAUGUACUAUUCUAAAAGUGCUUUGAUUCACUCCUCUAUGAUUCUGACACUUUUACAUU